AUGACGCAUCGCCUCUAUGCGGCCGCGGGUCACCUGACCGGGGGUCCCCCCACCGAGGCGUCCGAGGCCGGCGACUGUGACGGGGACUUCUCGCUGAAGAAUCCGCGGUUUCUGGCGGCUGUCUGCGAGGAGUUGAAGCGCCGGGACAAGCAGGGCACGGGGCUGGUGACGGCUGACAAGUUCAACGCAGCUCUGGCGGACAUGAAUGUGAAAUACGGCACGCCAGAGGCAGACCUGAUCAUGCGGUACUGCCAAGUGACCGAUGACGGGUACGUCCUCUUUAAGGAGCUGAUGCUGGCAACGUACAAGUACUCAAAGUGCUUCGAAGACAACGUCGCGGAGAGCAUCGCCUCGCGAGCCACUCUCGACCGUGGGCGCCUCGCACGGCCGCCGCCGCUGCCGCAGACCUGCAAAACUGCGGCCUCGGCGCGGGCGUCGAGCGCCGAUGCGCUGGUCGGCACGGGGUCUUCCUGGGAAGCCGAGAUGAAGCGCGACGCACAGAGACGCGUGUAUACCCCCGAGAUCACCGACGCGAUUCGGCGGCUGUACGCGCAGUGGGAUCGCAGCUGCCUGCGAGACUGGCAGUUCAAGCAGGCGCUCCAGCAAAUGGACGUGACGGUCACGCCCGAAUUCGAGAAGCUGCUCUCGACCUACGGCCCGAGUGGCUCCGUCACCUUUUCGCAGGUGCUUCAGGCGCUCAUGACCAGCGACAGCGGCUACCUCGCUUCCUCGUCCCAGCGCAAGUCCCGCAGUCGCCGCGCGUCUGACAUUCCGCUCCCCACCGAGGCUGAUCGCGCAGCCUUCUACGAGCCGCGUCGCAACCCCGUCACCUGGGCGCAGCCUCAGGCGCUCCAGGGCAUCCCCAUCGAUGCGAGUGACGUCCAGCAGCACGCGCUCAAGCUGCCGCUGACCGCCGACCCACGAGACGGUCAGGCCUCCUCCGCCGGCGAGGCGAGCGAGACGUGUCUCUCCAAGGGGCAGGACUCGGAGGAGGAGGCGACGACGGCGACGGCGACGCUCCACGAGAAGUUCGGCUUUUUGAAGAAGCUCGUUGCGCUCUACUUGGCUGACCGCAUCUCCUCGACGCAGUUCCGGAGGCACCUCGUCGAUGGCGACGUCCCGAUCACCUCCGAGCUCGACUCGCUCAUCCGCGCCCACGAGGCGGACAACGGUGGGCAUUUUACCGCUUUCGUUGUCGCGGUCUUCCGCGCGGCGGAGGAGAGCGAGACGUACCGAGGCGACAUGCGGAAAGCCGCCGAAGAGCAGGGCGAGGUGUACAGAAACCCUCGAGACACGCCUUACUUGGUGACAGAUCAGCUGCUGCCGGCGGUCGGCGGCCCCGUCGCCUCGCGGAGGAGGAACUCCACCGGCUGCAUAUCUACGCCGGUCGUGACCGUUGAAGAGGUUCCGGAGGAUCCUGUCCGCAUGAAGUGCGUGUUCCAAGACGCUGACGACGAGAGACUAUACCCAACGGGCACCAGAGGAAGCGCGUACGGAGGCAAGUCCGACGUCUACCUGGACAAGUUUGGAGGGCGAAUGAACGUCCCCCUCGACUUUGGCGCGCCGCAGCACGAGUCGCUCGCGCUCGCGAGCAAGGCCUCGGCUGACCGCAGCUACUAUGGCCAUGGUGACAUCAUCUCCUGGGGAAAGACUGGGGACGCGCACGUCCCCAGUGCCUGA